AAGUAUUGCAUUAGGUUGCUCACGCUGUCACAGAUGUGUCAAGUAAAAGAGCGCAGAUGAGGACCGGCGGCUUAGACAUUUGCUUUGGACAGAACCAGAAUGUGUAGAGUAUUCAGUUAAUAGAAUACAGUUUAGGCAAGACUACGAAUGUAACGAAGUUAGACCAAAUAAUUUCUGUAGGCUACUCCGUAAUGACGAGGUGCACUGUGAUGUGGCUCAGGAUUGUUACAUUUCUCACUGGAUUGCUCAUCGGAUGCCUUGCCAACCAGUCCACUGUCCAGACAUUUGUUGGAAUGAAUGUCCUUUUACCCUGUAGCUGUGGAGAGAACAGGGGGAGAAUUGUUUGGGAGACAAAGAAAAAGACAGAGACACUUGUCUGUCAUGAAUUCACCGCAGACAAAGAUAGCGCAGGUGAUCCUCAAUUCACAAACAGGACUCACCUCUUCAGAAGCGAGACAGGAAAUUGCUCCUUACAGUUGUUUGGAGUUACUGUUGCAGACGAAGGACAGUAUACAUGCAGUACUUUUAACCCUUACCGGACGCAUCAGACGAUCAACCUUAAAGUUAUGGCAAAUUAUGCAGCUUCUUGUACUAAUAAAUCAUCAUCUGGAGAGCUGGUUUGUGAGGCAAGUGGUGGAUACCCAAAGGGCAAGAUCUAUUGGCAGCGAGAUAGUCAGCGUAUCCCAAGUGUUCCAUUCAGUAGCCACAGAGAUGCUUCCUCCCUACUCUACAAUUUGACAAGUAACCUGAAGGAGUCCAGGGGAUAUGCGGAGUGUGUUCUUGAGAUACCUGGUCAGACCAUCACAAUAAACUGCUCUGAGAUUACAAUCAGCCCAAGCACGGGAGAACACAAUGUGACCAUUGGGGUACCAAUCGGGGUCAUCUUCAUCCUGAUAGCGGCACUUGCUGUAUGUGUGCUGCAUGUGUACUGUCGGAAACGCAAUACAAUGGAGGGUACUGGUGGUGCUGGGAGCGGAAACGGGAACGAGACGGAUGGAACGGAAGAAAGUCCUCUCCAGGAAGUGGAGGGGAAGGAUCCAGUGCAGACAGAGUUCACUAAUGAGAGAGAGACAUGACAACACCAAGCCGAAGAGAACUUAGACUCCUAGAACCUAGAUCCUGGGUGGGGGGAAGAGACAGGAAGUGGUCUCCCCAGGACCUGGGUCCCCUGUUGGCACUAGCCCCACAGGACGUCGAUGCUACCAGUGCACUACUGCUUCCCAACACUGGACUCUUUGAUAGAGUUACCGUUUGUAAAUAUGCAUCCUGAUACAUUUUGAGACAUUAUGAAUUGCACUGGCAUGCAUUAUUGGCUAUUCUGUGUGAACUGACCAUGACCAAGAUACAGAUAGUACCUCUAACCUAAGUAACUGAGUUGACUUUGCCUUUUGAUUAAAGCUGUAAUACACUUUUAAGUUACGAUCUUAACUUUCAGUACUCCAUUCUAACCAUCUGUUGUGUGAAAAAGCCAUCAUAAGUUGUUGAGUGAUUGUUGAGUGAUCUGCUUGAAGUAGGCGUUUUUGUGUUUUCUUGUUUGUGUUUUGGCAUAACCAAAGAAAGGUGCCGAUGAUGUGCAGCUGUUUUGCCAAUACUGACACAUUUUUAAGUAUCAGGAUAACCUAAGAACUGUGAAUAAUUUUAUAUGAGAUUCUUUAAUAAAACAUUUUGUAUUUUA